AUGGCCGUAAACCUCUUCGGCGUAAUCAACGGCCUUAACACCUUCAUUCCAGUCAUUCGUUCCCAAGACAAGCCCUCCGCGAUUGUGAUAACAGGCAGCAAACAAGGCAUCACGAAUCCUCCGGGCAACCCGGCCUACAACGCCUCCAAAUCCGCUGUGAAGACACUGGCAGAGCAUCUCAGCUACGACAUGAGAGGAACCAACACAUCUGUGCACCUGCUUGUGCCUGGCUGGACGUUUACCGGGCUGAGCGGUGGACACCCUGGGAGCUCGAAGGAGAAGCCCGCUGGUGCUUGGGCACCGUCACAGGUUGCGGAAUAUCUGUACAAGAAGAUGGAGGAGGGGAAGUUCUAUGUGAUGUGUCCGGAUAACGAUGUCACGGAGGAAAAGGAUAAGAAGAGGAUGUUGUGGAGCGUAGGUGAUAUUGUGAACGAGCGCCUGCCGUUAAGUCGGUGGAGAGAAGAGUACAAGGAGGAGGCGGAGAGGUGGAUGGAGCAGCGGGACGUUUCGAAGUUUUGA